ACAUUUUAAUCAAAAAUAAGGACAAAAUAUUUGAGGGUUUUAAUAUUUUUGUAAACAUAAACUCUUAAGACUCUUGCUGUCUUCAUCUCUGAUGAAGCCAGGGCAGUGGUGAAUCACAGUCAUAAAAUUUACACUGUAAGAUCAUUUCAGAUGGAAAAGAUUUGUAUACAUAAGCUAGAAAUAAUAAGGGAAUCUGUGCUGCUUGUUUCCUAAGUCUGAGGCUCUGCUUUGCAGUUAGUUGGUUUAAAGAUGGAGAAAGAAAGGAAGUUUUUGUUUACAUAUUUCUUGUGUGUGUAAAGAAGGACAUUUUAAGGUAUGUGAAUAUAGUCAUUCUUUUUUUUAAAAGGUGUUGAGGAUCUAGGGUUUGUCAGUGCGAAUGGUCAUCUCUUGAACUAAAGGAAUAACAAAAUUAUACAACUGUGGUCACUGUUGUACAAUAAGGUGUGCACUGACAAAACUGUAAGGUACAAUACAUUUUUCAUCAGUGUGAUUUGCUACUAUUUAAAGUCAAUAAAAUGCUGGAACUGAGACUCCUUUGUUCUUCCAGUACUGAUAGAUAAGGAGAGUCUACUGAUUGCUGUGCAUAGCAGAGAGUUAGGACUGAAGACAUUAUUCAUUUGCAUAACACUUAUAUUAACACAGUUUUCAGUCGUGUGGGAUUGCUAGAUUGGGCUGGUUUUAGAUUCAUCAUAGUCAAGUACCUAUGCUUUUGCUUUUUAAUUCUGAGGGACAGCAUAGUGAAUCAAUGCCCACAUUUUCUGGCCAAACAAGAGAUACAGCAUCUUCCAAGGGCAAAGGAUGUGCCCCAAGAUGACUUAAAAAUUGGUGUGUACAGAUAUGCUUAGAUCAGACAUUCCUAUGACUAGCAGGCUUACUUCACAUUCAGUGCAUACUGUAUAUAUAUUCACAUACCUUGGAGUUCUCCUGAAUUUCCCUGGGAAGAUGGUGUCUAGGACUGUGCUGCUGUUAACAAACAUUUUUACCUGACAUGCCUCUCGCUCCUGCAUGGUUCGCUGGAAUGAACACACCAGGAGAAGGUUAUAGGCCAAAAUAAUUGCUCUGGUGAGCCAUGCUUAGCCCACAGUCCACACGUCAUACCUUCAGUACAGUGGAGAUUCAUCGGAGAUCUAAAUUACAACCCCUGCUCUUCCAGAUGCAGUCUGUAAAGUGCUCUUGGCACUUCUUGCAGUGAUGAACACUGCAAAACUAUAUAUGCGCUGCACUGUUCAGUACUUGUCUGUGCCCGUUGGCAAGAAAAGCUGAACCACUUUAUCAGUGCUGAUAGUCACAAAGCUUUUGGGCACCUGCAAGAACAGGGCAGAUCACGCCUCUCUGAGCCUCCUUGACAGCCUGUGAGCUGAGAGGCUUUCCUGCAAUGCUGACACGACAGUUCGUCAGACUGCAUAGGUGUAGCCCUUCAGGAAAGAAAUGAAGAUAUAUGAGACCUACUGAAACUGCUUCUACAUUGUUUUUCCUUGGGAAGCCUUGCUAAUGUGUACCACUACCUGCACAUGGUAACUCAUCUGUCUACGCAGAAUACGUUUUCAAAACCAUAAUGCUUUUAUGAUGCCAGGAACCAGUACGACGUCUGCUCUGGUGCUACAGUAUCAGCAAAUGAAGAGUGAGGAAUAUUUCUCUACCAGAAGUUUCAACACACUAGAGAAUGUUGGCAUGACUUCUGCUGACAGAGGAAAGUUCUCCUCAAAGGUUUUUAAUACUCAGAGUAAUGAAACUUCAGCUAAAGAGCUCUCUCUGGGAAGAUGCCCCUUACUAACUCAUACUGACCGAGAGGACAAAGCACCAGUUUCAGGAAUCUGUGAACAUCUUAAGGUUACUGAAGAAUCUGAAGCUGAGAUUUUAAAGUAUGAUUUAGAGAUACCACCUGAAGCCAAAGUCUUAUCAGUACCACUUUCUUAUUUCCCACCUGCGAUGCAGCAACUGAUGUCAGCCAGAACUAAAAAUGACCCUGAAGUAAGGGAGGCUACAGAAAUACCAACUGUUACUUAUAUUUGGCCAGUAAUAAAAAUGGAAGAGGCUUCCAAACCCUUUUGGGACAAUUUUCCAAAGUCCUUAAUUCCAACUAGCACAAAUUUAGCAAGACCUUGUUCUAGUCCUGAUACAGUAACUGAAGAUGUGAAAAGUUCCCAGAUAACCCCAGUGAAACAGUUUGCAGGAGAAAAGCUAGUCAGCAAGACAGCAAGAUCAUAUCCCCUUAUUGUAAAGUCAUCUAACAGCGUUGUUUCAGGAAUUUUAAGGUCAUUGACCGAUAUCAAGUAUAAGGAUUAUAAAAAUGUUUUACCACUUUCAUCUGUCAGCCCUACUGAAGAGAAAAUGAAAAUUCCAAUCCUUAGGGAAAAUGCUGUGAUGAUUCAUAAUGGGAAAGUCUACCUCCUGUAUGUAAAGAGUCACGAAGUUUUGCCACUAAAAAUAGAAAUACAAAGACGAAAUACGUUGCUUAGGAAGACCACAAUUUGUUUCAUUCCUUGCAGAGCUAUCCAUGACAUAACUACCAAAGCUUCAGAUACACUCCUGUCAAGACAGUGUGUUGCAAAACAGAACAUAAAAUGUCUUCCAACCCUUGCUACCCACCAAGAUGAAAUUUCAAAGGUAACACAUUUCUUUUCACACAGGAUGACUACCAUGUCUCAGCCCAAGCAGUGCUGUCCUCUAAGUGGGAAAGGACAACAGGCAUUACUCAACAAGACUGAUUUCCCAUCCGAAGAAGACUUGCAACCAAGAAAUUGGAAAGAAGUACGUAAGGAAGAAGACAACGAACUAAGGAAGGAAUUUGGUAUUCUUAAAGAUGUAAGAGUCCAUCUCACAAGGAUAAGUACCAGUGAACUUACAAAGGAUUCUGACAAAGCUUCUACAUUUAAAUGGAAGUUCCUCAGCAAGGCUGCCUUCCCAUCCAAAGAAGGCUUGCAAAAAACAAGAGGGAAAGAAGCAUGUCAGGAAGAAGACAAUGAACUAAAAAAAGUAUUUGGCAUUAUUGAAGAUGGCAAGAGUCUAUUUCAAGAGGACAGCAAUUUAAUAUAACUCCCUUGUUCAAGUUCUUAAUCUGCAGCAAAGUCAGUUAUCAAUAACAAAUCAGUAUUUCUUUUAGAUCUAUUAUCUCUUGUUCAAUCUGUACCAUUAAACUUAAUUUUGUCAGCUGGAUUUUAAACCAACAACUCCUGCUCCUUCCAAGAUCUCUGAGAAUGAUCUGCUUUUAGUGUCUCACAUAAUAUCAAAAUGUGCCCCAGAAAUCAAUCUGCCAUUUCUUUGCAGAUUAUAUUCAAUUUGUUACAUUUUGUCAUUUUCUGCUGACUUUAUAGUCAGUAGUUCUUUGUAGUUCGUUACUGAAGUAAUAAAAAGAUGCUUUACCUCCUUUAAACUGUUCCUUCUUUCUUUCUGUUUUGUGUUCCUUUCAUGAAAAUUAAUUUUAUGUAGAGGUUGCAAUACUGG